AUGGCGACCACCAGCGAGCGCGAAUCGGAAAUAUUUUGUCUGCCAGUCCUGCAGCAGAGACACGUGGGUCUCAGUUGUGUCUGGGGCCUGGGAAAACAGCUUCACGUCUACCAGACCCAGACACCACCUCGCAUUGUUGCAGAGAAGAAACACAUUACUGACAUUCCCAAGGUGGACAACCAGGAGAUUUUUGAUGUUCAGUGGAAUGCAGAGAUGCAUGAUGUGUCUAGAAAACUGGUCAACGAAACACACAAUAUCUUCGUCAUGCUGCAGGGACAAGUCAAAAGUCUUUCGGACACCACGCUCUACAAACAGUUGAGAAAGGCCAGCAAACAGUACAGGGCUGUGUUGAAAGCUUGCAGCCUGGAGCUCAUGCAAAUUGCAGAUCUGUGUGAGGAUGAGGCCCACAAGUUAAAAUACGAGCAGUACAUCCAAGAAUUUGAGAUGGUACAGUUGAUCUGGAGCCUGUGUGAAAUCAUCUUCAUCGACAUUCAUCCAGGUGGACUCAUUCUGACCCCACUACUGGACUGGCUGCGCUGGCAUUUCCAAGAAGGAAAACAGAAGGCAAUGGAAGUCAGUCAAGCGGAACAGCCCUGCUCUCAUGCCCAUUACUGGGAGUCUAUAUAUAGACUGCUUCUGCAGGGCAGUGUGGAUAAUGUCCGCAAGCUGUUAGCUCUACACAUACACAGUAGUUCAGAUCCCUUCACCAGUGUUGAUGAGCUGUUGUCAAAGAUGCCUCAGUGGACAUAUCAGCGGGCCCAGUCGGUGGCCGAGUACGAGAUGAAGUGGAGGCACUGGAGGGAGGAGUGCAUCCGCAGAUACGAGGCUGGAGAGUUUGCAGCUUACACGCAGCUGGAGACCAUAGUGCAGAUUUUGUGUGGUGAUGACGCAGUAUUCCGAGAGAUGAAGGACCAUUGUGAGACCUGGUAUCAUUUAUUGGUGUCCAAACUGUUCUAUCAGAACCCAACGGUGCGGCUCACAGAUCUCACCUUUGACAUCAAGCCGUGCCAGGCGGUGUACAGCUUGCCCAGCGAAAACUUCCCUGAGCUGGACAACAUCCUGCAGGCAGCUCUAGAGUUUGACAUCCACCAGGUCAUCAAAGAAAGCUGUUCCUUCCUGAGCAGCCGAAGUUGGUGGUUUGUGUCACAUCUGGCAGACGUGCUGCAUCAUUGUGGACAGCUGGACCCUCAGAAACUGCCGUUUGGUUCGAACCUCAGGGAAUACCUCCUGUUAGAGUAUGCCACAGCUCUGAUGUCCCACAAAAGCCUGUGGCAAGUGGGCGUGGACUAUCUAGACUUCUGUCCAGUCUUUGGCAGGGCAUAUUUGGAGUCUUACAUAGAGCAUAUACCCCUAGACUCUGAAGGCAAGGCACACAAGAUUCUUCACUUGUGCCAAGAGAGAGACUUUACAGCUCAAGCACAGAGCAUCUGUAAGGUGAUGGGCAUGCGAUGCCUCCAGCAAGAGAGACUGGGCUCAGCUCUGUCCUGGUUUCUCAAGUCCAAGGAUGCCAUUGUGAUUAAACAAGUCACCGACAGGUUUCUCACAGAGUACUGCGAGCAGGGCAAAUUUUCUCACUUGGAUCUCAUCGACCACCUGGGCCCAUCCAUGCUGAUCACAAACAGUUUAACAUUUCUUGGCAAGUACCGAGAAUUCCACUCCCUCUACAACAGCGGUGACAUCUCUGCAGCAAGCUCACUUCUCCUCUCUUUGAUUUCUUCACGUCUGGCUCCAAAAACCUUCUGGAUGACCAUGUUGAUGGAUGUCCUGCCGCUGUUGGAACUCUCACAGGUGGUGCUAGAUGUACAGAAGACGUAUGAGGUGAUGUACUGCCUGGAAGAGCUUCAGCGAGACAGCACGGACAAUUACAAGAACCUGGCAGACUCAGAGCUGGACAAACUCCAGUGUCUGCGGAAGGCCUUGGCCAAGAACCUCUCACGGGCAAUCAUUGAAGAAGGGUCUGUGAAACUGGUGUCUUAG